AGUCGGAUAUAUAUUACAACCGGACAGACAAUGUCAAAGAAGACCUCGCAUGUUAUGACAUUCGAUGUUUAUGUAGCCUACUUACAAAUGUGUCGUUUAUAGCUUAACGUUAAACGUCCUCUUUCAUUUAACUAUUGAAUAUAUCAACAUACACGAGGAAGUGUUAUAGCUAAGCGGGUGCGUUCUUUAAACUAGUAGCCUAAAGCGUCAGCUAGCUUGGAAGAUGCGACUAACACUACGAGCCCUCAUAUCUCAUGGCCGUAUGGCCCGUAGAAUGGGUCUGGGACCCGAGUCUCGGAUACACUUGCUCAGGAACAUUUUGACAGGACUGGUUCGGCAUGAGAGAAUAGAGACCACGAGGGUACGGGCAGAUGAAGUUCAGUUCUACGCCGAGAAGCUGAUAGACUAUGCAAAGAGAGGAGACACGGAUGAGGAAGCGAUGAAAAUGGCGAACUUCUGGCUCACGGAAAAGGAUUUGCUCCCCAAGCUUUUCAAAGUUCUAGCACCGAGGUUUGAGAAUCAGAGCAAAGGUUACACAUACAUGGCACGGCUGCCCAACAGGGAGAACUUGGACCGCGCUGCCAUGGCUGUGCUGGAGUAUAAGGGCAACCCUUUCCCUCCACUGUCCCCAGUCAAACGGGAAAACGAACUGACUCUGGUCAACCAGCUGCUGAAGGGCUACAUAGAGGAGCAGGCACAGCUUACUGGCCAACAGUAAACCCUGAGCUGUCACAUAGCUGGGGUGUGGAAGUAGCUCAAAGAACUGUCUAAAGUCAUCUUCAAUGAGAGCUUUUUUUUGUUUGUUUGUUUGGGAUGAACUACAGUGUAUGUUUAUGUAUUGCUUUGACAUUUUGAAGGUCAUUAAAUGAGAACAAGAACCUCA